AUGGCGUUUUUUAAAAGGAGAGUUAUUCAGCUUUGGCUGAUUUUUAUUUGGUUUCAGUCAUUUUCAGGUGUUUUAUGUUUUAGUGAGCUGUCAUUCAUCUCUGAGCCCAGUCAUGUAACUGUCUUACCAAAUGACAAUGUUUUGCUGGACUGCCUGGCUCAAGGAGAGCCACCUAUUAGUAUCAGCUGGCUGAGAAAUGGAGCUAAACUUUCAGAAAAUGAGCACAUCCAGUUCCUUUCUAAUGGCUCGCUGUACAUAUCGAAUGUGUGGAGUGUGAGUGAAGCCCAAUCAGAUGAUGGCUUUUACCAGUGUCUCGUCAAGAACAAGUAUGGAGCCAUCCUAAGCCAAAGAUCACGACUAACAAUCUCAAGUAUCUCAUCCUUUGUGACGCAGCCAUCUCCUGUGGUGGUCAGUGAGGGCUCAGUGGCCAGGUUCAGCUGCAGUGUCACUGCUGUCCCUGCUGCCAUCAUCACAUGGGAGCUCAACCAAAGUGCACUACCUCUGGAGACUGAAAGAAUCACAGUGUUGCCAAAUGGAGUGCUUCAGAUCCGCGAGGUAAAACCGGAAGAUGCAGGAAACUACCGCUGUGUGGCAACCAACAUUGCAAAUCGUCUCAAAAGCAAGGAGGCCAUGCUGUCCGUCAUGCCAGCACUGGCUCCCAGGCCUCUCCAGAGGCCCCAGAUUGUAGCUGGCCCUCAGAACAUCACUGCGUCCUUGCACCAGAGUGUUGUCCUCGAAUGUAUUGCUACGGGCAACCCCCGCCCACUGGUAUCGUGGAGUCGAGCAGACUCAAAGCCCAUCGAUGUGUUUAAUGCCCGCGUGUUGGGCAGCGGGAACCUAGUGAUCUCUGAUGUGAAGCCAGAGCACAGUGGAGUGUAUCUCUGCAGAGCCACCACCCCACGCACACGCAACUUCACCAUUGCUGCUGCCAACCUCACUGUAUUAGUGCCUCCUUCCAUAGUGGAGAAGCCAGAGAGCCAGACCCGCCCCAGAGCUGGAACUGCCCGUUUUAGCUGCCAGGCAGAGGGACUUCCCACUCCACGCAUUACCUGGCUGAAGAACGGAGAGGAGAUGUGCUCCAAUGGCCGCAUCAAGAUGUACAACAGCAAACUGGUGAUCACCCAGAUCAUGCCUGAGGAUGAUGCCAUGUACCAGUGCCAGGCGGAGAAUUCUCAGGGUUCUGUGUUGUCAUUGGCGCGACUGAUCGUGGUCAUGUCUGAAGACCGUCCCAGCGCACCCCGGAACGUCCGUGCUGAGACCAUCUCCAGCUCCGCCAUCUUGCUGGCCUGGGAGAGGCCGCAGUACAACGCUGACAAAGUCAUCGCCUACUCAAUCCACUACAUGAAGGCAGAGGGUUUGAACAAUGAAGAGUAUCAGGCUGUAAUUGGGAACGACACAACAAGCCAUAUUGUGGAUGAUUUGGAGCCUGCGCGGAACUACACCUUUUACAUUGUGGCCUAUAUGCCUAUGGGAGCCAGCCGCAUGUCUGAACAAGUCAGCCAGAGCACGCUGGAGGACGUACCACUCCGAACCCCUGAGCUCAGCCUAAUUAGCCGCAGCCCCACGGACAUCCUGGUCUCGUGGCAGCCUCUUCCCUCUAAGCUGAGCCGCGGGCGUGUCUCUGCCUACCGCCUCUCCUACCGUACGGCCUCCAACGAACACGUCACCUCAGUGGAACUGCCUGGCAUGAACACCACCAGUCACCUCUUGCAGGACCUACAGCCCGACACCAUCUACCUUAUGCGUCUUGCUGCCUCUACCCGUGUUGGUUGGAGCCAGCCAUCUGCCUGGAGCUCUCACCGAACACCCAAGACUUCCUCUGCCAUCGUGCCACCAGCCCCAGCUCUGCAGCUGGAGCCUCUUAACUGUACCUCUGUCACUGUACGCUGGCAUCCAUCACCAAGCGAUGCAGUCAUCCAGGGCUACCAUCUCUCUUAUUAUGAAGAUGACCAUCCUGAGGGUUCUCCAAUCCAGAUCAGUGGGCAGGACCAUCAGUACUCCAUCACUGGUCUAGGGCCGAGAAAGAAGUACCACAUGAAGCUCUGGGCAGUCAGCUCUCAUGGAGAUGGGUACCAGGCUCACCAGACUGUCAUCACCCCUGCCUGCCCCUCCACACAGAACCGCAGGCUGGCCACUCUCCCUUCUCCUGACCACGUCCAUGCUCAGACCAACAGCUCAUCUGUGAUCAGACUGACCUGGGGCCGUCCAGCUUUCGUCUCUGGAAAACCUGUCAACUACACCAUCCGUUACAUCCCUGCUCAACUGUUCAACGCCUCUGCCGUCCGCUUUCUACACACUACUAACCAGAAGGUGAUGGUUCAGGGGCUGAGGUCCAACACGCGGUAUGAGUUUGCAGUUCGUCUUCACAUGGAUCAGAUGUCUAGCCCAUGGAGCGCUCCUGUUUAUCAGAGAACACUUCUGGAAGCUCCCUCUACACCACCACUGGCUGUGAGAGUGACCCUGAUUGAGGAUGACACAGCACUUGUCUCCUGGAGGCAACCAGAGCUGCCGGACGGCACAGUCACAGUGACCCACUAUACCAUCUUGUAUGCUUCUCAGAGAGCCUGGCUGGCUGGAGAGUGGCAGGUUCUGCAGAGAGAAGGGGGCAACACCAUGGCCUUGCUGGAAAGGCUGGUUCCAGGGAACACCUAUUUGGUGAAGAUCUCUGCUUCCAACCAGGCAGGAGAUGGUCCUUUCUCCAGCAUAGUAGAAUUACCAGUGCAGCGCAGCAGAACUCACCAGGGCAAAAACCCGCGACACACGGACGGCCUAUCUGAGACCACAGUUUUCUCAGAUGGGCUCUACAAUAUAGAUGAGAAGUCUAUGACAGGAAUCAUUGUUGGUGUGUGUAUUGCCCUUGCCUGUAUCUGCAUCUGUGUCUUCAUCCUCAUCAACAAGACCAGAGGAAGGUAUGUCUCAAAAUGUGACGGCCAUGGUAAAGCUUUCUCUAAUGCUGCUGAUGUUACACGUACUGCUCCGUCAUUGCCCAACGGACAUCAAGCGGAGCGUGCGGAGGUCCUGGUGCCAAUGAUGGAACCCCAGUUUAUUGACACAAAGGGAGGGACUGAGCUGAUGAUAAACACUGCUGGCCCAAUCAUUGGUUGCGGUAAAAACAAGAAAAGGAAAUGGCAGUUUUUUGGCAGUGUGGAGAAACAUACCUCAAAGAAAGGCCUGGGGAGAGCGAGCUUUUAUAAGACUGGCAGGACAGAGCUGCGGUAUGAAGAUGAGCGUGGUGUUGCGGCAGCAGCUGUGGCCAGUAAGCCGAUACUCUGUGGGCCUCUUUGCGUUUCCGAGACCUCCAACAGCAGCGAAGUCAGCCGUGAAACCAGCGACUCUGGCAAUUAUUCCCAGGAUGAGAUGAGCGACCCCAAUAGUCAUCCUCAGCCACCUCUUUCCAGUGGCAAAAAGUGCUCCAAAGAUUUUCCGGUGCCAACGAGUCAUGACAUCCACCUCCAUGUCAAGGCAACUUGCAGUCAGGAGCAGCCAAGCACUGCCCUCAGUCUUUCCAUGUGA